GAAACGUGGUCACUCUAAUCUUUAUAUCACUCAUACACUACCACUAACUCAUCACAUAUUCCAUUUAUAAACAAUGGCAGCAUCACAGGCGCUAAUGAUUGUAUUUAUUUUAAUUAUUAAUUAUGGUUAUCAAGUACAUUGUCAGAUGUGUACACGAUAUAAACCGAUUAUCGUUAGUUAUACAGUGAAAAAGACUUAUACAAAGAUUGAGAAGUACAAAAAGUCUAAUUGUCUUUUUUUUUGUGGCGCGACUAGAAUACAAAAAUAUUACGACAUAAUUACUCUGACGGAACAAAAAUAUCCUAUUGAGCAGUUUUGUUGCUCGGGCUACCAACAAGACGCGACUUCCACAAAAGAACUUUCUUGCAAACCGAUAUGUAUAGAUGGAUGCAGUAAUGGACAAUGUGUGGCCCCUAACAUAUGUCAAUGCAACUCAGGGUACAAAAUGUCUACCUGGGGGAUGUGUAUUCCUGUUUGUCCCAGCGGUUGUCCAAACGGUACAUGUUCUAGCCCUGAUACUUGCACAUGCAUAGUAGGAUACAUAAUGACAAAAAAGAAUAUUUGUGAUCCUAAUUGCCCCAGUGGUUGCCCAAAUGGGAUUUGUAUCAGUCCUAAUACUUGUGCCUGUAAAGCAGGAUACAAGAAGUCAAACACGGGGCCGUGUGUUCCUGUCUGCCCGAGUGGCUGCCCAAAUGGGACUUGCACUAGUCCCAAUACAUGCACAUGUUUAACAGGGUACAAAAUGUCAAGCACGAACACCUGUGACCCUUAUUGCCCUAGUGGCUGCCUAAAUGGGACUUGCAUUAGUCCUAAUACUUGCACAUGUUUAACAGGGUACAAAAUGUCAAGCACGAACACCUGUGGCCCUUAUUGCCCUAGUGGCUGCCGAAAUGGGACUUGCAUUAGUCCUAAUACUUGCACAUGUUUAACAGGGUACAAAAUGUCAAGCACGAACACCUGUGAUCCUUAUUGCCCUAGUGGUUGCCCAAAUGGAACUUGCACUAGUCCUAAUACUUGCACAUGUUUAACAGGGUACAAAAUGUCAACCUCGAAUACCUGUGAUCCUUAUUGCCCUAGUGGCUGCCUAAAUGGGACUUGCACUAGUCCUAAUACUUGCUCAUGUCUAACAGGGUACAAAAUGUCAAGCACGAAUACCUGUGAUCCUUAUUGCCCUAGUGGUUGCCCAAAUGGAACUUGCACUAGUCCCAAUACUUGCACAUGUUUAACAGGGUACAAAAUGUCAAGCACGAACACCUGUGAUCCUUAUUGCUCUAGUGGUUGCCCAAACGGGACUUGCACUAGUCCUAAUACUUGCACAUGUCCAACAGGGUACAAAAUGUCAAGCUCGAACACCUGUGAUCCUUAUUGCCCUAGUGGUUGCCCAAAUGGGACUUGUACUAGCCCUAAUACUUGUACAUGCUUAACAGGGUACAAAAUAUCAAUGAAUUUUACUUGUGAGCCUCACUGCGAUAUGUAUUGCCCUAACGGUUUUUGUUCCAGUCCUAAUACCUGCGCAUGUAAUGCAGGGUACAAAAUGUCAAUUAUGAACAUAUGUUUACCAUUUUGCCUUGGCGGAUGUGCAAAUGGACGAUGUGUGAGCCCAAACACAUGUAUUUGUGAUUACGGCUACAAGUGGUCAAGUAUAAAAAAAUCUUGCGACCCAUAUUGCCCUAGUGGAUGUGUGAAUGGAGCCUGUGUAAGCCCAAACACCUGCAGUUGUAAUUCAGGUUACAAAAUCUCAAGCAAUAAUACUUGUGAACCUUACUGCGAUACAGAUUGUAGAAACGGUAUUUGCACCAGCCAAAAUACUUGCAUAUGUAAACCAGGAUACAAAAUGUCGUAUAUGAAAUCUUGUGAACCACAUUGCCCCAGUAAUUGUGAGAAUGGAAUAUGUGUGAGUCCAAACACGUGUAUUUGUGGAAAUGGCUUCAACUGGUCAAGUGUCAAAAAAACUUGUGAACCAUAUUGUCCUGAAGGAUGUGGUAAUGGCACUUUGUGUGUUUUUCCAAAUGUUUGUGCAUGCAGUGUUGGGUACAUAUUUUCGAGUGAGAACACAUGUAUUCCAAUAUGCGAUAGUGGAUGUUCAAAUGGAACAUGCAUUGGACCUGAUAUUUGCGAAUGUAACGUGGGCUUUGAAAUGAAUACGGACACUAAUCGGUGCCAGCCGACUUUGAGAACUACAAAAACUGUUGAUCCUGUCUUUGUUGAGUAUAAAACAACGACUCCUAUAUCAUUUUUAACUACUAUUGUUAACACUAUUUCUAACUACCCAAACGAUAACACUACAAACAAAGAAGAAGGGACGAAUUACUUCUGGAUCGUUUAUGCAGUUGGAGCAGUAGUGGUGAUCGCUGUUAUUCUAGCCAUUGUUUUGUGUGUAAGAAAAUGGUGCCUCGCACGAUCUAAGGAUAGUCGUAACGAAUCAAAGAAUGCCGCUGGUAACAUUGACAUGAUAUCAGAUAUAAACUUUGGACCCAUCUCAGAAUACUCUUGUACAAAGUACGAAGUGGCGUUGCAUGAAUUAGCCACUAAAGCCUGCAAAGAAGCUUAAUUUUAAUUAAUUAAUAAAAUAAACCCGUG